ACAACAUUGCCACACCUCCUCCAUCCAUCAAUUCAUCAACAUCCUCAUCCCCCUCGACAAUCUCUUUCUCUUUCGUUUAGUUUCCAUCAUUAAUCACUACUGCACUGUACACUCUUACUCUUACUCGCACUCGCACUCCUCGACUGGACUGUCGGCUGCAGUGCACUCCCCCCCUCCCCCCCCAUCCCACCCCCUUUCCCCCUUGCACCAGCGUCCAUCAUGCCGCCAAAGCCUCUCACCCUCCUCUCCCUCGUUCAGUCUAUCUCUUAUCCUCCUCUACCCACCAUAGAGGAGUUGGAGCAGCUCUCAAACACCCUCAAGGCUCAGAGGACGGCAGCCAAGGCCAGACUCGCGAAUAUGGCCCCUCCCCCUGAAGAGGAGCGCACUCUCAAGAAGCAACACAAGCGAAAGGACAGGGAACAAACAGACGAGCGAGAGAGAGCGGCCCUCGCCGCAAAUCAGCGCGCCGGUGCAGCACUUGAAGUUGUCGAGCGACGACGCGUUGACACGAGUGCCGACAUCAAGGUCAAACACGAGCGUGUCUCUCCAGUUCCGUCAAACGCAUCGUCUGCCUCGUUCCGUCCAAACUCGCAACAGACGUACGGAAUGCCAAAGAAGAAGAAACAGAAGCGCGUCGUCGACUCGGACGAUGAGCCAUUGUCCCAAACACCACAGCCGCAGACCGCGCCAGGUGUCAAAAUCAAGCUCCCCCAGAACAAGGCUCGCCCGACUGAGAGCCCGGCGCCCUCGGUCGCGGCACCCCCAAGCAAUAGUGGCAACGGAGGCAUUGACUGGUCACCUCCCACUAAGCCGCUGCGCCCGCUUAUUCCUGAGCGCCCAGGAGUCAAGGAGCCGCUCUCGCCGGGUCCCAAGCGACAGAACGAGGUAGACGAGGAUUUCAGCGACAGGAAAGCGCCUCCUGGUCAGAUUGCCUGCCAAACCUUCUGGCAGAGUGUCGAGCCAUAUACUCGCGACCUUCGCCAUGACGACCUUGCUGUACUUGCGUUCAAAGCGGACCAGCCAGACCUCUUCCAGAUACCGCCGCGCGGUCGCCACUUCACCGAGAUCUGGGACGAGGAAGAUGGUAACCCGCCGAACACGACACAGCGGCCCGCGGUGCCUCCUAUUCUCCGCCCACGUACUACGCGCAAGUCGGCUCAAGGCGGUUCUGGGGAUGUCGAGGAAAUGGGCGCGUUUUCCGAGAGGUUGGUCUCGGGUGUCGUUAGUGGCUACGAUCUCGGCGAGAAGUUUCAGAGAGACGUGGCCGGUAUCCCCGAGCCCGAGGGCGACCUUCCUUCUGAUAUUGCGAUGCCGAAUACGGAAAGCGCCGAUAUGGAGGAGAGAGUCAAGAAGGAGAUGCGGCACAUGAUGCUCUUGGGCGAGCACGAAGAGUUUGACGCCACGGCCCGUGAGGAUGAUGAGGUCACGGCCGCUCUGCGUACUUGCCAGGCCGAGCUGCAGGCGCAGAUUGCAAUCAACGAAGCACGCAAGGCCCGUCUCGUCAAGCAGGCUGAAAGCCGACUGGCGUACAACGAGUACCAGAAUUACCUCGAGGCCAUGGACAAGUUCAUCGAGACCGAGUGGGCGAAGCGUACCAAGAAGCACGGUUCUGGGGGCAAGAAGAAGAUGGUCAACGGCGUGGUGGUGGGCGAAGGACGUCCACCAGUCAAUCCCGAACUUUUGCGGGUGGUGCGCCUGCGCCAGCAGUGGGUGGAGACUGUCGGCACCGUCCUGAAGAAGCGACCUGAGGGCGAGGUGCUGGGCAUUCCGCAGCACAGCAUCUACGAUGGCAUUGGGGACAAUAAUGUCAUGGACAGGAAGCCGCACAUGGUGAAGCUGGAGGCUGCGGAUGGCGACGAAGAGCAUGGCGAUGUAGCUUAGGGUGAUUUGGGCUGCCGAAAGAGACAUCAAGUGUAUGUAGUUGAAGACGUGUAUGUAUAUACAGUAUUUGGGCCUUUGGGC